AUGAAGUCCGAUUCCGACUCGGACGGUUCUCACGUCUCCGCCACGCCGCCGAGGGGGUCUCCGCCUCCGCCGCCGCCUCCGCGGCGCGCGCCACGACCGCUCUCCGCCGCGCCGCCGGGAGAGCAGCGGCGACCACCGUCGGCUGUGUCGGCGCCUGUUAAGCGCAAAUCGGUAUCGAAGGUGGGAGCUCCGUCCAAGUGCAAGAAGUAUGAAAAGCCGAGGGAGAGGUCCAAAUCUGCCAUUCAUGAUUUGUCAGAUUCUUUUCUAUCCUCCCCCGACUGUUCGAGGCUUCCUUUCGCCCCCGUGAAGAUUCCAAAUUGGAAUAACCCUGCCGCCUCCCUCUCGAGCUCCGUUAUCUCUCGGAAACCUUCUUUUGACCCGGCGAGAUUUGAGCAAGUAGAGAUCAAUGGGGGCAAUUGCCUUGAUCCUGUUAAGCUUGGGAAGGAUGGGAUCACGGGUGGCAACAGCUGCGCAAAUGAUCUUGUUGAUGAAGUUUCCCUCGGUUUAUUUCGAUGCCACGGUCCGGAAACUAGUGUUAGAGAUAGAAAAACUAACAAUAGCCAGAUCGACAAGGAUCUCUUCACAAGCACGGGCAUUUCACCUACUGUGGCGGCUUGCCCCGAGAAAGGUAACUCAGAAGAUGAGAUUAUUGGUGCUGGCCGUGCGGUAAGUCAUCGCAUAGACGAAGGCUCUAGAGAGGUGCAUCAUGAGCUGUCGCCCAUCCGAAGCGGUGCCAGAGUUGCGAAAGCACACCCUAACUGGAUUAGUGGGCCUUCCGGAAUGACCAUGACGGAGACACCUAAACGCUUCAAAUUCUCAAACGAAGGAAACUUCGUGAAACUAAACCUGAACACUUAUGGCCGGAAAAAGUUCAGAUAUCGAAACGGAAAGAGAAAGUUUGCUGUUUCACGAUUUUCAAGAUCCCGCAGGAAAGCACCGGAUGUGAAACCUGGAGGGGUUGCUGAAGCAGGAUCGUACCGUUCAGAAAUGGACUCUUUUGAUUCAGAUACGCUGUUGAGGCAAGAGGGAAGCGUAAAAUGCAGCGGAGGUAUAGUGGAGGAGGCUAUCCUUGCCGUUCGAGAGGAUCAAUCUGAUGAAAAUCUGCAGAAACUUUUGAAAUUGACCCACGGUUAUGAUUCAUUCCGAGAAGGGCAGCUCACAGCUGUAAAACAGAUUUUAGAGGGAAAAUCAACAAUGCUUGUUCUGCCAACUGGUGCGGGGAAGUCUUUGUGCUAUCAGGUAUAUUCUCUCUGCCUAGUUGAUUCUUAUCUCUGGAGUUAACAUCAGGUGAACUACGCUCUGCCGUUGAAUAAAGACCCGGCACUUUAUCAACUUUCUUACUAUUUAAAUAAAGUUGCUUGUGUCCUUGUGGUUGACAGCUUCCUGCUUUGAUAUUACCUGGUUUAACUUUAGUCAUCAGUCCUUUGGUUUCAUUGAUGGUUGAUCAAAUUAGGCAGCUGCCUCCUUUAAUUUCUGGUGGUCUCCUCUGCAGCAACCAGGUGACUUUCAUUCUUAUCAGUCUCUGUAUCAGUAUUUCUGCUUUUAUCUUGAAGAUCUGCUUAUCAGACAUGGUUUCCUGUUUUAGACAAUUGAGGAAGUUAAUGAAACGCUCGAUCAAAUUCUUCAUGGAAGACUGAAGGUAAAUCUCAAAAGGCUUAUAGCUGGGUUACUUUUCUCAUAAUUGUGAAGAAUUAAAGAAAAGAUAUAUUCAUACAUAGAAAUCUGCUCUACCUUGUUUAUACUUGUUUCAUAUACUCAUAGGGUUUUUAGUAAUUCAGUUUGGCCUUCUUGGGCAAUACCUGUACGUCUUUUCCAUGUGGAGUUGACACACUCUAUCAGAAGUUCGUCCAAUUUUUUUUUCUUUUUUCUGGACUGUAGUUUCCCUCUCGUUUGGCCCUACCUUAUUCUUUUCAGAUGUUUUUAUAAUAUUCUGCAUUCCAGAACUCAAAUGCCAUUGACCUAUAUCUAUAUUUGCAUUGUCAAUGUUAUGCGUUAUUCCUUUGUGACACUCCAUGCAUAAUGUUAUUCGGAUGGAUCUUUUUAUCAGUUCUUGCUUUCAUUUUUUCUGGUUUCAGCACGUUCCUGUUUUACUUGUUUUCCUUUUUCUUCUCCUUCUUCCUAUUUCUUGAUAUAGCUGUCAACUUAUUAAUGAUAUUCACAUGCAGAUUUCUAUGUAUAAAUAUAUCUUUUCUUUAAUUCUUCACAAUUAUGGAAAAUCUGCAGGAUGGUAGCUGCUAACAUACUUGCUAUUUUUUUGGAUUUAUGCUUCAGGUACUUUUUGUUUCUCCUGAGAGGUUUACAGAUUCAAAAUUCUUAGGAAUAUUUGAGGAUGGUCCAGCUAUAUCACUUAUAGUUGUUGACGAAGCUCAUUGCCUCUCAGAGUGGUUAGUAGAUCUUUCUGCAUUUUUUUGACACAGACUAUUGAGGCCGAAUAGAUAUCCACUUCUCAUUUAUCCGAUUCCUUAAAAUCUCAUCGGGAUGUUCAAGUGCACUAUUUUUUCAUUGUCUGAGACGUUCUGUAAUUUACCCCCGCAGAAUUGUAUUUUUUUGUGUUCUCAGUGAUCUUUAGGUAUUCUGUACGAAAUCGUUUUGCAAAUGUUUUGAAAAUUUAUUUUUCCCACUGUUUGACAGGUCUCACAACUUCCGGCCAUCAUAUUUGAGAUUGAGGUCAUCACUAUUUAAAACAAAGCUCUCCGUUGAUUGCGUCCUUGCAAUGACUGCAACUUCAACAACUCAAACCUUGGAUGAUAUAAUGCGCUCUCUGGACAUCAAACCUUGCAAUCUUAUUCAAACAUGCAAUAUGAGGGAAAAUUUAGAGCUCCAUGUAACCAUGAGUGGAAACAGGCACGUAUUAUUUUUGGGUUUGUUUUAGUUUUUUUUUCUUGAAGCUCACUUCUCAAAAAUUACAUAGGUUGAAGGAUUUAUUGGCGUUGUUAAAGUCUUCACCUUUGAAUGAAGUGCGGAGUAUCAUUGUAUAUUGUAAAUUUCAGGUUCGUCUUCUUACCUCCAAAGUUUAACAGUAUUGUGAUGGGUAUCUACUUACUAUAUAACCAUCUGCAAGUUCGAGUCAGUUUUCAUCAUUUCUAUUGUGUGACACAUGUCUCUUAGAAGCUUGAAACAUAUCCUGCAUUAGUUGCUAUAGGUUUACCCAAUGAAUCCUUGUGCAUGAUUCCAGAUGGGCCCGCGUAUUGUUGGUUUAUCAGUGUGCAUGAACCCACUUUGUAGCUGGGCAUACAUUUGUGCGCCUUUGUGAUGCGUUUGGGUGCCAUUUGUCAUCUGCUUUAUACUUAGACUAAUGUUCCAUCUUACUGAUUAGUAGUUGUGUGACGAACGUCAUACAAGCUUUGUACAUGCUUGAGCUUGGUAGAUAUUGUACCACCACUCUUUUCUGAUUUUCAAAACAAAACUGAUAAGAUCACAGAGAACAUCGCGGAGAACAUGUGCUUUCACCAUUUUCACCUUCAAGAGUUCUAUAUGUGGAAGCUGUAGUCUCUUCAUACUUCAAAUUAAGGUGCACAUGGUUUCAAGUUGCCAUUUUUUUGUUGUCCGUUGAAAAUACGAUCAUGUAAUUUAUAUGUAAUGAGUCGGCUCACAACAGCUUCUCCCCUUAUCAAAAAUUUUAAGGCAACCUAGGCGAUGGUUUAUUAUAUUUUUGUUAAGGUGACAAGGCAAAACUACUUGAUGAUGCCUUUUUUUAAAUGUGUCUUUCAUUCCUUUUUUCUAAAAUAUUACUUCUUAAUAUCUGAUAAGCAGGAAAAAAUGUACUAUUCCACUUGAUUCUAAAAUUUCAAAAUUAAUUACGCGCAUUAAAGCUCCAUUAAUGACAUAAAUAAUGCUCGUGAAAUUAAAUCCUGAAAGAAACUACUUCCAUUCAACAUCUGAAGGAAUAUUUUCUGUCUGACAGCCUUGUGCAGUCUCAUGAUGGACUUUCUUCUCUUACGGAACUUCCUCAUCAGACUGCUGUUAAUGCAAAUCCUUUCAAGGUUGGAGAAUAUAGAAAAGUAUUAAGUAGAGUCCAAACUCAGAUUGAAUUUACCUCAGUGGGCGCUGGGCUUAUAAACCAUGUGGACAGCAGGGGUUACUCAUGGCCUGCCACUCCUUGCCAUAUCUUCCCGGAGAUUUUUUCAUCCAAUCUAGCUGAGCAUGCUUGUUUGCUUGCGCUUAACAUUUUUAUAUUCCAUUCAGUUUAUGUUCAUUUUGAAAAAAUUUCACUGGUUCUUGAAGUGUACACUCCUUAAUUCGAUCGUCGUAAAGAUCACCGUAUCUUGGAACUGUUUUUUUGUGUCAUCCCGCUGUUGUGUGGUGAUUGUCUCUAACAUUGGAUUUCUUUUUAUUACUGCAUUGUUUGCGAUAACUCUAUCAUCAUCAUUUUUAAUGUGUUCCUGCUACAGUCUGAAACUGAUCUGGUCGGCAGCUAUCUUUGUGAUAAUGGUAUUCCUGCAAGGGUGAGUCAAUUCACUGGGGGUUCCAGUUUAUUUCAUGCCGCAGUAUUUAAUGUAUAAAAUAUUUGAUUAAUUCUUUGCUACUAAUGUGACCAAACUUCUUGCUUUAUAGAGUUAUCACAGUGGGAUUCGGGCAAAGAAUAGAAGUCGCACGCAGGAACUAUUCUGUGCAAAUAAAAUACGAGUGGUAAGACAAUCUACCCCAUUGAUGUUAUUGAUCAGCUUAAAAUUUUUCAUGGUUGACGUCUUAGGAUUAUUUCUCCUGUCCAAGGGAAGAACAACGGUAGUUCACCUGUUUCGGUAACUUUCUUUCUUAUUUGUUUUCUUUUAGGUCGUGGCAACUGUAGCGUUUGGCAUGGGUCUCGAUAAACGCGAUGUUGGAGCAGUAUGUCCACAUUAUAUAUUCUGCUCAGCAUUAUUUUCCAUGCAUUGUCCCUCAGUUUGUUUGUUCAGAUCAUAUAGUUAUCUAGGGUCUUUCAUCCCCCAUAUUUUGCUGUGUGCUAAAAAACCUAAAAAUGGCAUUAUGAUUUUAUAUUUUCAGGUGAUUCAUUAUAGCCUACCAGAAAGCUUAGAAGAAUAUGUACAGGUGGUCUUUGAUAUUCGGCAGCAGUUACCACAUACAUGGAUCUGGUUUCUGAGUCGGCAUCAUGGAACAGUGGAUUGAAUGAAAUCUGAUUUUGUAGGAAACUGGACGUGCUGGAAGAGACGGGAGACUUUCUCUUUGCCAUCUCCUCCUCGAUGAUAACACAUACUACAAACUUCGUAGCCUUCUUUACAGGUUCUGGCAAAUUAUUUUCCAUCAUCUUCAGUCUCAUGUAUCAGUGUAAGGCAAAUAACAUUAUCUCGGUUGUUGUGCUUAGUGAUGGUACCGAUGAAUAUGCAAUGAAUAGACUUCUCUGCCAAAUUUUUGAUUACAAGAUCAAUUCACCUGGAAAUAUUUGCUCCUUAGUUAAAGAAUUCGCAGCUCGGACCUUUGAUAUGAAAGAAGAGGUUUUUUUUUACUCUCAUCCACAUUCGAAACAGUAUUUCAUUUCUGCGUGGAUAAUUUUUUAUUCGCAUAGCAAUUUUGAUUUAAAGUGAAAAGCAAGCAUUUUCUGGUGGCAGGUGAUAUUAACCGUACUAACACAGCUGGAGUUAGGUGAAGUUCAAUAUAUACGUCUACUUCCACCAACUAAUGUCACGUGUACACUGCAAUUUCACAAGGUCGGUGCUCCGCCAUUUUAAGAAUAAGUAAUUUUUAUUUUUUUUUCCUAUGCCACGCGCAAGCUUGUCUGUUGAGAUCGGGAAAGGAGGUGGCGGUGCAAUAGUGACCUCAUUUGGACCAGACAAUGAGACAGUCUUUUGUGUCCAGGUGAAGAUUCAUGUAACAGGAAAAAGAUUUCCCUUUACUUAUCUGUAGAGUUAUGUGGCCAUGGAAAAGAGAUUAAAUGGAACAGAAUUGACUUGGUGGUAGAGUCGCAGAAAUGUUUCUUACUGCAUACUUCCCAUGUUGUUAUAAUUCGGAUAACUUUGAUACAUCUUUUACUAAUCCUUAAAACGUAUUCGUUUAUUUGCUGUCUAAUCACUUUUCUUUUCAUUUAUAUUGCACAUAACCUAUACUGUUAAUUUUUUUAUCAUUAGGAACAAUGUGUUUGAUUGACUUCCUUUUAUGAAAAAUUCUUGUUGCAGAGUUCUCCCAGUUUACUUUCUGGUAAGAGCAUUGUCGUUGCAGCAAUUUUAAAAAAGUGAGUCUUUUUGCGAUAUGAAUUGUUUGGCAUUAAAUGGUGACUUCGGUUUUAAAUCUCUGUUUGUCUGUCUGUCUAUCUCUCUCUCUCUCUCUUGCUCUCUGGUGAAUCGCUUCAGAUCCGAAGCCAAGCAAGGGCACUAUAUCUUUGAUAUACCCACUGUAGCAAAUAGUACGAGAAUAACGGCUAUCGAGUUAUUAAAUCAUCUCCAAAAGCUCAAGGUAUGGUUGAUCAAUUUUUUGCGAUUCUUAUGAAUAUUUUGCUUACGGCAGUUGUAUUUGCAUUGAUUAGUGUUAAAGAAUCAUGCAUUCUCUUCGAUUGCGAUACUUAAAAUCGGAAACCAGAAUUAAACCUGUCUCAUAUGGUCCAAGCUUCAGUUUCAAUUAAUUCUGACCAGUUCUAAGCAAACCGCUUACUCUUGAUCCUGUUCUUAGUGUUCCUCUACGAACUACAAGAUUUUCAUACUUUACUCAUAUUUGUCCAUCAGCGCGUUAUUUGGCCUUACUUUUUGGUUCUCAAGUGAGGUCAAGAUCUUUUUUGUCAGUCUGUACUACAGAGGAACAAAUUGUUAAAAACUGUGGACACUUCCAACGAAGUCGGCAGUUUCAUAGGAAGUUUCAGUCAGCCAGCUACAUUAAAAAUGACGAUUUCUCCAAGAAAAAUUAAAAAUCAGCGUCCAGUGGUCAGACCUACUUUACUUUUAAAAGAUACGCCGCGAAGUAAAUGCUUCAUGCAUUUUUAUUUUUAAACGUUUUGUUUUUUAAUAACUUUUAAAAAGGCCUCCCAAAACUUUAUAAAUGUACGAUUAUUUACAGAUCGUUCAUUUCAGUCCUUUCCUGCUGCAAACUUAUUGCUCCCCCGUUUUAUUGAUAACAGAUUCAAUGCUCCCUCUGUUUGGAGGAAGCUGUUACCUACAAUUCAAUGUGUUGCCAUCACCAAGUCAUCACAAAAUAAGGAAAAAAAAAACUAAUAUUUAUAAAUUUCCCUUGCCACGUUACUUUGUAAUAAACCGUAACACCCAAAAAAAACAAAACAACAACAACAACAACAAUAAGGCUACCGUGUUAAUGAGUUCAGAGGGCUAUGAAAUUUUGCAUUUUUCAUUGGUCCAGUUACCGGUCAAUCUGCAUGAGGUGUGAUGCUCCUAGCCAGGGAACCGAGCACUCGAAUCUACUUCAUGGAAAUCAAUUUAGAAGUCUUGUCAUUAUUUAUCAUCUCACGUCAGAUAAAACUGACUAACCCUCUUCCUUCUCAUUCCUUGUGAAUUCCCCAAAUGCUUCAUUGAUGGUUCGCACGUGUAUUUCAAUCAUAAUUAUUUUCCAUUCAUGUAAACACCAAGAGCUUGUCCUUGCAACACCCGCUAAAUGCCUGGAUACCAUGCCUUCUGUCUGAAUAUUGAUGCUCCUCCCAUGGAAUAUUAUGUUGCCUACUUGAAAGCAUCGUGGGAUACCCCUAUUUUGCUGCCUUCUUCAGUCGCCACCGGAUAUCCUAUGAUCUCUUGGUUUUCUUUCUCUGGUCGCUGUUCUCAUCCUUCUGUAUGAUGUCCUUUCGUGUAAAUAUUCAGUCCUCGGGGGAAAUCACUUAUGAAACUAAGGAUCCGGCGUUUUACUACGCGAUUAUGAAAAGACCAGAGGACAUAGUCUCCCUUUCGACCGACCUGACGAAGUGGCUCUGCCUGGUCGAAAUCUGCAAGGUACGUGGAUGGUUCAGACUAAUCCAUAGAGCAAAUCCACACUUCAUCUUACCAUGUCUGCUAACAGAUACGCAAGUUGGACGCCAUGUUCGGGGCGGCAAUGUUCGCCGCCAAAGAGUGCAAGAGAACCGGUGGCUGCUCGUCUUCUUUGCACUCAGAAUGCAUGCGGAAAAGGAUUCUCGACUACUUCGCGAGGGGCGGUGGACUCUCUCAAGACCCGCCGCUGACCAUGGAAACAAAGAGCAGGUCAGCAAUGUUCUUUCUUUUCUCGACCACCUCCAGUAAAACCCCUUUCACCCCACCCAUUAAAAAUCUCGCUGAAGCUGUUUCACCGUGAACUUGCAGCCCAUUUCUUCGAGCAGAUAUAAAGGUGAGUUGCGUCCAUUUCCUUGAGAGACGUCCGCUAUGGGAAGCCAAAUCUUCCCUCGUCUACCCAUCGUCGGAGAAGUCAACAUUCCUGCCUGCAACAGGUGUUUCUGCAGAGCAACCCGCACGUUAAGUUCACGCCGCGAGCGGUGGCGAGGAUAAUGCACGGCAUCCCCAGCCCAGCCUUUCCCUACGCGACCUGGUCAAACACCCAUUUCUGGUAACCUCCUCCGACAGGACCCGUUGCCACAAGGUUUACUGGGCGUUUCUCACGUUUAAAGUUGUGUUCGCUCCUUCUGCAGGGGCCGGCAUUCACAGGUUGACUUUCCCGCCGUCAUGAGAGCUGCCGCCGUGGAACUCAUCAGCAUGCCCGGCAGAGGGGGAGCCGUCUAG